AUUUGGGAGUGGGUCGCACGCAAAAUAUACUUCAAGUAAGUUUUCUCUGCAGGAACAAGAAAAAGCAAAGUAUAUUAUAUUAUAUCAACAUCAGCUACAUCAGCCCAAUUCAGUCUUCACUCAUGAGCGAACAAGCCACAAGCCCAGCCGAGACGGCGCCACCCGCCGAGCAACACCAAACUCAAACUCAAACUCAAACUCAAACUCAAGCCCCAGAACCCUCAGUGCCUUCAAAACCAGAAUCUCCAGCAAAAGAAACAGAACCUCAAGGAGCUGACCCCUCCUCACACCCACCACAACCCACCCCCAACCCAAUCCUCGAAGCCGACCCGGACAACGAAAACGACCCUCUCGACGAAGGCUACGCCGACCCCUCCUCCGCCUCCGCCGCCUCCACCUCCCUCACCUCCUCCAUCUACCGCUACGAGUACGCCAACGGGCGGCGCUACAACGGUUUCCGCAGCGGCGCGUACCCGCUCCCCAACGACGAAGAAGAGCAAGACCGCCUCGACCUGCUACACCACAUCUUCCGACUACUGCUAGACGGCGGCCUGGUGUCCGCGCCCAUCGGCGCCAACCCGCAGCGCGUGCUGGACAUCGGGACCGGGACGGGCAUCUGGGCCAUCGAUUUCGCGGACGAGUACCCGUCCGCGCACGUCAUCGGGACGGACAUCUCGCCCAUCCAGCCGGCGUGGGUGCCGCCCAACGCGAACUUCUACAUCGACGACGUGGAGAGCGAGUGGGUGUACCGGGCGGACGAGGCGUUCGACUACAUCCACUGCCGCGGCAUGGGCGGCAGCGUGCAGGACUGGGAUAGGUUGUGCGGGCAGGCGUACGAGCAUCUGAAGCCCGGCGGGUGGUUGGAGUUUCAGGAGCCCGAGGCGUGGAUGACGAGUGAUGAUGAGUCGAAGGAGAGGGUGCAUGGGUUGAAUCAGUGGCAGACGUUGGUGAAUGAGGCGGCGAGGAAGUUUGGGAAGGAGAUUGAUUUGGCGCCUUCGCAUGCGCAGAGGAUGAUUGAUGCGGGGUUUGUGGAUGUGAAGGAGGAGAUUUAUAAAGUCCCCAUAGGUCCAUGGCCCAAAGACCCCAAGCUAAAGGAGGUAGGUCGGUAUCAAUUGCUCCACGUAACCUUGGGCAUAGAACCAUAUACAUUUGGAUUCGUAGGAAAGAUUCUGAAAUGGGAGGACAACGAAUGUCGAGUCCUAACCGCCAAGGCGUUGCAAGAUGUUCGGAAUAAGGGAAAUCAUCUAUACGUUAGAUUCUUUUUCGUUCGGGGACGGAAACCAGAGGCUUGAAAGAUGGGUGGAUGUUUGGAAAUUCUAUAUCCUCUGGCUUUUGGGCCUGGAAUCCUUGGGUGACAUAGCUCGAGGUUCAAUGAGUUGUGGAAAUAUGUCCCAACUUAAAAGCAACAAGGCCGAUCCAUCAUCGGGGAUUGGUGGGAUUUUUUGUUUCUGGGGAAGUUGAUACACAAUUUGGACAAGUGGAUGAAGAUUUUGCAAAAGUAGAGUAGCAACCAGGAUACAAAAAUAUAAAUCAAU